GUGUGCGCGUGUGUGUGUGUGUGCGUGUGCGUGCGCGUGUGUGUGUGUGCCAUUACCAGCCACUUUUGGCUCACGUCGCCGGGGUAGCAAUCCCCCUGAAUUGCACGCAAAAGUCAACUAAAUGAUUAUGGAGAGGAAGAGGAUCGACUGUCCGGCUCUGCCGCCGGGCUGGAAGAAAGAAGAGGUGAUCCGGAAGUCGGGACUCAGCGCCGGCAAGAGUGAUGUUUAUUACUACAGUCCAUCAGGGAAGAAGUUCAGAAGCAAACCUCAGCUGUCCCGAUACCUCGGCAACACGGUGGACCUGGGAUGCUUCGACUUCCGCACGGGAAAGAUGAUGCCCAGCAAAAUGCAGAAAAGCAAACAGAGGCUUCGCAACGAACAUCUCAGUCUGUCCAAGGGAAAACCGGACCUGAACACAGCACUGCCCAUCCGACAGACAGCCUCCAUCUUCAAACAGCCCGUCACCAAAGUGGUCAACCAUCCCAACAACAAAGUCAAGACAGAUCUUCAGCGAGCGACCGAACAGCCCCGGCAGCUGUUCUGGGAGAAGAGGUUGAAAGGUUUGAGGUCGUCGGACGUCACAGAAGAGGUUCUCAGGACUAUGGAGCUUCCUAAAGGUUUACAGAGCGUAGGUCCGGAUUCGUCAGACGAGACGUUGCUGUCGGCCAUAGCCAGCGCUCUGCACAUGACUUCGGGCCCCAUCACGGGUCAGACGUCCACCGCAGCAGAGAAAAACCCCGCUAUCUGGCUCAACACCUCCCAGCCACUCUGCAAAUCCUUCAUCGUCACCGACGAAGACAUCAGGGAACAGGAGCUGAAGGUGUACCAGGCCAGGAGGAGUCUGGAGGAGGCUCUGAUGGCUGACGGUUUGGCGCGGGCCGCCGAAUCUGCCAGAGACAUGGAGGGCAGAGCGGCGUAGAGACUCCAGCAGAACGCACUGAAUUCAGGCCACACCCCUUUGCGGACCCUUUACCUUAGAGAUGAUGUCAUCAGUCUGCGCCCGGACCUGUCCCGCAGACCCAAGCACACUUUACGCACCCACGGACAAACAGCUUCAACCGAGGCCUUUUCGUUCCCUUUUUUUUUUUUUCUUUUAAAUAUCUAGAGCAUAUAUUUUUGUGUACAUAUCUAUAUGAUUCAGAACAAUGCUUAUUUUGUGUCCAAAAAAAAAAAAAAACCCAACAACACCUGAAACAUUUUUUUCUCUACAGGAAAACAAUACUGAGCAAUACUUCUGAAAAACUGAAUCAGGUUGCAAUCUGCUGGAUUUGUAUUGCUAACUUUUUUUUUCUCUCUCUCUCUCUCUCUCUCUCUCUCUUUCUCUCUCUCUCUCUCUCGGUCUCCGACUGUUGUAAGGGAUUACGUUGUUUUUCAGGGUUUGUAACGAAUAAUGCAUUUACUUCCUUAUUAAUGAGAACUUGCUUAUUUAAGAGAAAUAAUUUUAUACAUUGGAAUAAAAAAAUACUUGUACAUUUUGCGCAUCAUAAUAGAAUAAAUAAAUAAUGUUCA